AUGCAACAGCCCAACAAGGAAAUACAGCACAUCAGCAACCAUAGACUUUACACUGAUGGUUCUAAACAUGCUGAAGGCGUUGGCAGUGCUUUCUUGCACUGUUGGCAAGGCCAAGAAUUACAUCAUUGGAAAGGCCACCUAGGUGACAGCAAUAGCGUCUUUCAGGCCGAAGUGAUAGCAAUUACAGCUGCUGUUGAAUAUCUAAUAAGCCGAAAAAUCUCAAAAGCUUAUCUCUAUACGGAUAGUAUGUCUGCCUUGCUGGCCCUAAGCAAACACAACCAUGUUUCCCCGUUGAUCAUCCGCCUUCAACAACUCUUAAAAGAUAACCCACAGGUACACGUGGACAUGACGUGGGUGAAAGCUCACGAGGGCAAUGCAGGUAAUGAGGCAGCGGACGUGCUCGCCAAAGAGGCAGCCUCAAACAUCAACGCACCGGCAUCGUUGUUCCGGCGCCACCUUCCCAUCUUAAAAGACUGCUGA